AUUUACUUUUUCGCUGAAAGUGAAUUGUACCAGUGAACAAGUUUUCAUUCUCAUUUCUACUCCUUGCCUUAAAAGAUAAAAAAAAUGCAAUCACCCAAGGAAUCGCCGACGGAUCAGAAUUUACCAGCUGUAGUUGAACUUAAUGUAGGCGGUCAGCUUUAUACGACUUCUCUUCCGACGCUCUUGAAAGAUCCUGACUCGCUUUUAAGCGCGAUGUUUAGCGGCAAGCAUAAAAUCCCUCGAGAUUCACGCGGUCGGUUCUUCAUCGACCGCGACGGAAUGCUUUUCCGCUACAUUCUGGAUUAUCUUCGUAAUUCCAAGCUCGCCUUACCGGAAAACUUUAACGAGAGGGAGCGCUUGCUCGUGGAAGCGGAAUAUUUUCGACUGAAGGGCAUAAUCAAGGCUUUGCAGCGAGAGAAAACAGGCAGUGAUAGUAGAAAUAUUCGACCAUCUGGUUUUCUAUCUAUUGGUGUGCGCGGGACAUACGCCUUUGGACGCGACGGUCUAGCUGAUGUUAAAUUUCGAAAGCUCCAACGUAUCCUGGUUUGUGGUAAUGUCGCCUUAGCACGGGAAGUAUUUGGUGAGUCGCUGAACGAAACGCGAGACCCUGACCGGGACGAAGCACGCUAUACCAACCGUUUCUACCUGAAGCACAACUAUCUGGAAAAAGCUUUCGAUCAACUGCACGAUAGAGGGUUCAAGCUUAUCACAAGUUCGGCCGGCGGAGCGGGGUAUGAUCCUGAAAGCGAAGAGACAAAAUGGAACCACUUUAACGAUUAUGUGUUCUUCAGACUGUAAUUAUUCAUUGCUAGUAUUUGUACUUUUUACGACCGAGGUUGAUCGUCAGACGAUACCUUCAUCCAGCCAUCAGUGGUUUCAAGGCAUCGAACGAUACUGAAGUAAAAAAUAAUCUCUGUACUCUUCUUUUAAACCGGGAUAUUUCAUACAGACAAUAUUUCCCGAUUGUUUACCGAAGUACAAGUUAUACUUUCUAUUUUUAUGAAAAGUGAAAAAGUUAUUAUUAUUAUUUUUUUUUUUUGUUCAGAGGCUCGUUGAAGAGGUUGCAACGCCCCUAUGAGAGGUAUCAUCGCCCUUCUACUUAAAAAAAAGAAAAAGUUAUCUCUUGUUUUUAGUUCAUACUGCAUUGCUGCAAUUUUCAAGUGUUAUAAUACCGGAAUGCACUAAGAAAACAUUACUAGGACCAGCUAGGGAACUUGAUUAAUUAUUGCUCGUUAGUUGGGACAAAAAAUUUUCUUCAUUCGUAUUUCGGUUGAGUUCAUCAGUUCUUGAUUUGAAGGUGAAAGUUUUGUCGAGUUUAAUCGAUUAAAAAUAAAUCGAGUUGUUUAAAAGGGGAACAUUAAGGAUCCAUCAAGCAAAGUCACGUUGCGUAAAUUAGAUAUCUAAGUUUACCUUUUCCUCAAAGGCAAACGAAGUCAAACGGGUAAAAUAAACAAAUGCACAAUAGGCGUGAAGAUUUUGGCCAAACGUUAGAAAGAGCAGUAUUGUUUUGGCUUGGGAUUUAUUUAGCAAAGUUUACGCUCUGAGUAUUCUUACGUAUAUUUUGCUGCUUUUUAACACAAAACGCGCGAACGUCAUAAAGGUAUUUGUCAUAUUUCGCAACUGGUAAAUUCAAAACUGAAACAAAUGUUUUUUUAACAUGCACGUAAAGUGGGAACGAACUGAAAUUGAAUUUAAAAGCUUAAUUAGGAUUGGAACUAGUAGAUGUGUCAAAGGAAAUGCCAUGUUCGAAACCCAUGUACAGAAUUAUGAUCGAGCAAUGAAAAUAAAUUCUUCUAAUUGAUCCAUGAUAUGUUAAUGUAUAUUCGACAAGUAUUUGUAAAUUGUGAAAUGAGGAAUUAAAAACAGUCACAGACCGCCAGGGUCCUAACUAA